CAACAGACCCAGAGUUUGCAAAGUCUGUCCUUCUUGUUACACAGGAUAUUGAGACCCUCACCAUCCCUGCAGCUCUAGUGGUACUGAGUAGCUGUGAUAGUGGCCGUGGUAUUGUAAAGAUGGACGGCAUACAAGGAAUAGCCCGGUCCUUUUUACUAGCAGGUGCUCAGUCUGUCCUUACGUCUCUAUGGAGAGUCCCUGAUGAGUCUGCCGCGUUCUUUAUGCAUUUCUUUUAUCAGUAUUUGGUCGAUGGUCUGCCUAGCUUUAGAGCGCUACAGAAGGCGUGUCACAGCAUUCGUUGCUAUGCUAAGUACAGUGGGUAUAUACACUGGUCCGGCUAUCAGCUGCAAGGGAGGGAGAUUCAGUUUGAGAAGAAUACGUCUGCCCAAGAGAAGAGGAAUGAGCUACAAAAGAGGAUCGGAGAUCCUAGCUCUUUCCCUCAAUUGAAUGAGCUGUUAAAGAUUAAGCAGAGCCUUUUGGUUGAUUCUAAUUAUGUCCCAAGGAUAUCAGAGAGUAUUGGUUUUGAUAAUAAUAAAAAGAGAGAGCUAAAGCUACAGAAAGCACUAUUGUAUCCGCAAAGAGCUGAUGUUCAAUUGCUGGUAGGUACUUUAGGAUCAUGUCCUCAGGAAGUAGCAAAGGAUUAUAUUUUCAGUACCCAUUCCUUAUACAAAGGUGGAGUAUACUGGAUACCUGGUCAUUCACCUGAUCUCACUACUGCAGCUCUCCAACAUAUUGAAGAGGUAAU